AUGGCUCCCAACAUGCAAGGCCCCAAUAUCUUCGACGAUGCUAGCCGUGUCCCAACCAAACCAUCCGUCUUCCGAGGAAUCUUGUCUUCCAAAGGCCACAAGAGAAACCCCUCCGCAGACGACGCCGCCACCUCUUUCAAAUAUCCCUACCAGAGCCAGCCCCCUCGCAGUACAUUCUGGUCUCCAGUGGGUCAGGCCUAUGCCACCCAAGACCAACAGCCAUUGACCGAAAUUGCUCCGAAUCGAGAUGCCGCAGAGUAUGGCUUGCCUCGUCAGAGAUCUCCUGGUAAGCAGGAAAAGAACACGUUACACAAGAAGACGAAAAGCGCUGUAUCCCUGAAGUCUCUAAGGAGUUACAUGGAGCGCAAAGACAACCGAUCAGAGUCUCCCGAGAACGAGUCCGAAGAUUUGAAACCGAAGAAGGCUAAAUCAGCCAACAGUCUCUCAGCAAUCUUGAAGCUGUCUCAGCGCGGAAGGAAGGCUGAGAACUCGAAAAGUGGCCGGGAUAAAGAAAAUCGGAGCCCAACGGACUUAGUCGACAAUAUGCCAUCACCUAUAUGGAACCAAUACUCGACAGGGUCGUACUAUGACCAGAUUCCAGUACCGCCCUCCCCCUCCAACCGUAGAACCUUCCAAGAAGAGGUCUCACUCUACACCCCCAAGGGGUAUGGACCGGCCCAACAGCGUAACUUUUGGGACUAUCAUCAGCCCUCUCUCACGAACCGCGACGACCCUAAGCCUCGUCCGAAAUCAGAGUUCCUUUCUGGCAAUCGCAAGGUGCGAGAGCUGUUUGGAUCACUGCAGAACAUGUCCUCAGAGAAGCUUUCACCCUCUGACCUAUCAGAACCCUCCUCUCCCUCUAAACGAAGGGGACGGCCUCGGGCACUAUCCAAGCCUGAAUCGCGCCAAACUGCUGAGCAGCAAGCAGAACAAAGCCCAAAAAAAUCCUCGCGUGUUCAGGCAGCCAUAUCCGCCUUCAAUGCGAAGGAACGAGAAGCGGAACUGCAGAGACGCUUGAACUCGAAGGACCUCGAGAGUGAGUUCGAGAAGCUUCUGGACGCAAGAAACAUUCCUCAUAAUAUGAGGGAAAAGAUGAGGUCUUUGGACACUAAUAUCAAAGCGGACUUUAUUCAAAAGGACAAAGCAGAGAGCGCUCAUAGUGCCAGUAUAAGCGUGCAUACCAAUGACAGUACAGGUCGCCGAGGUCGCAAAAAGGACCAGAAAGAAGACCAACACAAUAACGACAGCAAAGGGUCACGGUCGCGAUCCAGAAGUCGCGGGUUCAGCUUUUCCAAGGGUUCAUCUCCCACGAAGAAACGGCCGGAGAGCGGAAGUUCCCAUCGGCGUCCAAAGUCUGCUGAUUUUUCACAGCCAGGGCUCUCAAAGUUAUUGACACCGUCAACUUCCACGACAUCUCUCUCUGCGACAGCUUGCCAGGAUACCGCAGCUGAUCCCUCAGAUUUUGUUCAUUAUCUGAGGGAGAUCCAGAAGCCGGAGAUGAUGGAAGUGGGCAAAAUCCAUAAACUUCGACUUCUCUUGCGGAAUGAAACAAUCAGCUGGGUCGAUACAUUUAUUGCAGAUGGCGGUAUGGACGAAAUUAUACAAUUGCUUUACAGGAUCAUGAAGGUUGAGUGGAGGGAAGAACAUGAGGACAAUUUGCUCCACGAAACUUUGCUGUGCUUGAAGGCGCUCUGCACGACCUCUAUUGCAUUACAGCGUCUUACAGCUAUUGAAGGAGAAAUCUUCCCAGCGCUUCUGAAGAUGUUGUUUGACGAGGAAAAGAAAGGACCGAGCGAAUACACAACGCGGAGUAUCAUUAUCAAUCUUCUUUUCACGCAACUUUCCACAGCAUCGUCAGCUGAGGAUGCCGGAUCUCGUGCCACCCGAAUCCUGUCGUACUUGCGAGACCCUUCACCACCUGAAGAAAACCAACCCCUUGCUUUUAUUGCAAACAUAUACCAAUCACGCCCGUACCGUGUCUGGUGUAAAGAGGUUACCAACGUAACCAAAGAAGUCUUCUGGAUAUUCCUGCAUCACUUGAACGUGAUACCGAUUGUGAAAAGUGAGAGACCAUAUUUGGAAACCUAUCGAGCGAGGCAUUUCCCAGCUCCCAGGCCUCCGGUACCUGCUGCACCCUAUGUUGGUGGGGUUGAAUGGGAUGCAACCAAUUAUCUAGCUGCGCAUCUAGAUCUUUUGAAUGGACUUGUGGCAUCAUUGCCGUCAGCGGAGGAGCGCAGCAAACUGCGUGCCGAACUCAGAGCUUCUGGAUUCGAGAAGGUUAUGGGUGGCAACUUGAGAACAUGCAAAGAGAAGUUCUAUGCCUCCGUCCACGAUUGUUUGCGGACAUGGGUUGCUGCUGCCGUGGAAGACGGCUGGCCUUAUACAGCUGUCCGCGAAGGUCCACCUCGGCCUGAGCCCGGAUCGCCUACCAAAUCCCCGAUCAAAGCGGCCGGUGGGAGCCCUAAGAAGGGUCUUCUGGAUGAGAAGCCUCCUCGACUGGAGUUGGCACUGGAUGGUCCUGCUAAUAACCGGGUAUCGCCGAAGAACGAAGGCCUAGGAAAUUGGCUGUGA